ACGAGAGGAUUGCAGGAAGCAUAAAUUAAAUUGGCAGACAUGAAAGAUUUAAAAAAAAAAAGCUCACUUUAAAUAGAAAUUUAUGCAGAAGAACCCGCAGUUGAUAGUGUUCUAGCUAAUUAUGUGGCUCAGUAGUAUUAGACAAAGCAAUCCCAGAUACAUCUUUGAGUCUUGAAUUGAAUAGAUAACGACUCUAUUACAGUAGCACACUGAUGAGAUUCUUAUUGUAGGAAACAGAGGUUCUGGCUCUUCAUUCAUCAGUCAUGUCCAAGGCGAAUAACACAACUCAAGGCCCCUUCUACUUCAUUCUCAUGGGUAUCCCUGGAUUUGAGGCCUUCCACAUCUGGAUCUCCAUCCCCUUCUGCUGCUUCUACAGCAUCUCCAUCAUGGGCAACACCACCAUCCUUGCCGUCAUCCGCACAGAGCCAUCUCUCCACCAGCCCAUGUACCUAUUUCUCUCCAUGCUGGCCCUGACUGACCUGGGUCUCACCCUCACCACCCUGCCCACAGUCAUGCAGCUCCUCUGGUUCAACAUUCAGAAGAUCACUUUUGAAGGCUGUUUUGCUCAGUUCUUUUUCCUCCACGGGUUCUCCAUCAUGGAAUCCUCUGUCCUGCUGGCUAUGUCCUUUGACCGCUAUGUGGCCAUCUGUCGCCCCCUCCAUUAUGCCUCCAUCUUUACCAGUAAAGUUAUUGGCAGAAUUGGAGUGGCCAUCAUUUGCCGUUGUGUCAUGGCUGUUCUUCCCCCACUUUUCCUACUCAAGCGCCUGCCCUUCUGCCACUCUCACCUUCUCUCUCACUCCUACUGCCUCCACCAGGAUAUGAUUCGGCUGGUCUGGGCUGACAUCAGGGUCAACAGCUGGUUUGCACUUGUGGUGGUGUUGCUCAUUAUUGCAGUUGACCCACUGCUCAUUGUGCUCUCCUAUGCACUCAUCCUAAAAAGUAUCUUGGGCACAGCCACCUGGACUGAGCGAGUUCAGGCCCUCAAUAACUGUCUGUCCCACUUUCUGGCUGUUUUGGUUCUUUACGUCCCUAUGGUGAGUGUGUCUAUGACUCACCGCUUUGCCAAGCAUGCCUCUCCCCUUGUCCACGUGGUCCUGGCCAAUAUCUACGUGCUGAUACCUCCUGUGAUGAACCCCAUCAUAUACAGUGUAAAGACUAAGCAGAUCCGACAGGGAAUCUUUCUCCUCCUUUUUCAGAGAAAAAUGCACUAAUGAU